AUGAAUGGUGCGAGAAAUGCAUUCAAAGAAAAUCAAUUAAAAUGCGGUUUUGAACACAACUGUAAUAUCACUCUCAAUACAAGAAAGUAUUGCCAGAAAUGUAGACUUAAUAAGUGUUUUGCGGUCGGAAUGAGAAAAGAAAUAAUGAAUUCAGACAAAGAAAAUAAGAAAAGACGACAAUUGAUUGCAGAAAAUAAGCAAAAAUCUAAACAAAAUAUUCAAACAAAUUCUGUACACAAUAUACCGGAGUUGGACUCAAACGACACCGAAAUCUCUGACCAAACCGUUGGCCAAGAAACAAAUGAUGAUAACUUAAUAGAAAACUCAAUGCCAUUACCAUUGGUUCCCGUAUUCAAAGAGUUGACAGAUUAUAACGGUUCGAAUCAAUUGGAGACAAACCGUAUGCAAGAGUUGUUGAAUGCAUCCAAUAUUAUAAACUAUCCGAUCGCUGAUAAUGUAAUAGUGGUUCAAAAUAAAGACCAUUUGAUCCGAAUGGCAGCCCCGGCCACCGAAGCACACUAUUUGCUUAUGAAGAGCCAAUUCUUGGACAUUACUUUUUUUGCGGACUUUACUGACCUACAAUAUUGCAUGUGCUUUAAAUUGGAUGAUAUUUUCAAAGACCAUGCAAGAUUAUAUUGUUGUGUGGUGAGCCCUUACCUGGGCUCCACCUUCACAAAACUUUGUCGUGAGGCGAGGUCUUACCGGACCUCAUGGCUCACAACUGCUCACUUCGAUCUUUUUGUUCCCGAGCGGUGGAACCAUUGUAUAAAUCAGUUUCAUCAUUCACUAUACGGAUUAUCUAUAUGGAGUGCCCAAGCGGCGGGCGUAUACGUCAGAUUUAAUGCGCCGUGUAAAGUUAAGCUCUUCACAUGUAUAACUAACGCGGACAUUAACGGGUGUGUGAGGGGCUAUAGUCUUCACACAUCUUAA